AUGGAGCUGCCGCAACAAGGAGGCGCUCACGGCCAGGCGGCCCCCGACGUCCCGCCCUCGCCGCCGCUGUCCCCGGCCUCCGCCGCGACGGCCGCGCUGGCGAACGCGCGGUGGAACCCGACCAAGGAGCAGGUUGCCGUGCUGGAGAGGCUGUACGAGCACGGUCUGCGCACGCCCAAUGCGGAGCAGAUACAGCAGAUCACGGCCAGGCUGCGGGAGCACGGCCACAUCGAGGGCAAGAACGUCUUCUACUGGUUCCAGAACCACAAGGCCCGCCUGCGCCAGAAGCAGAAGCAGGACAGCUUCGCCUACUUCACCAGGUUCCUCCGCCGGCCCCCGCCGCUGCCCGUGCUGGCUAGGCCCCCCACGCUGCCUUACCCUCAUGGCCGGCUCCCGCCGCCGCAGGCGAUGGCGAUGGCGCCGCAGCCUGCAUGCAACAACGGUGGUCCGCAUGCGAUGUACAGGGCGCCAUGCUACAUGCCAGCGCCACAGGAGCCCGCGGCAAAUGCUGCCUACUACCAGCCGCAGCAGAUGGCAAUCCUAUACCCGAGAAUGGAGAUCGCCCAGGACAAGAUGGUCCCGGCUGCGGCGCAGGCACCGAACAACGCGACCGCUCCACUGCACAUGCUGCACUUCCCGCCAGCCGACGGCGGGGCAGCGGAUCACGUCGGCCCCAGCCGCCAGACUCUUCAGCUGUUCCCGCUCGAGCCAACCUUCGCCCUGCCCGACAAGGCGCGCGGCGCCGGCAGCGCCUCCCUGACGCCGACGCCGUUGACGGCGUCCGCUUCGCUUUCAGGGGAGUCCGAGAGCCUCGGGAGCCCGAACUCGAACGCUGAGACGCUGCCGUUCUAUGACUUCUUCGGGAUUCAUUCUGGUGGCCGCUGA